AUGAAGAGUGGAAAAGAGGUCCGUAUCUUGACCCUAUUGGUCAUCGAUACCACUUUCUUCUUUAUUGAGUUGAUUUCCGGAUAUGCAGUGCAUUCUCUUGCCUUAAUUGCAGAUUCGUUCCAUAUGCUAAAUGAUAUUAUUUCAUUGGUAAUUGCCCUUUGGGCUGUUAACGUUGCUAAGAACAAGGACCCUGACGCAAAGUAUACUUACGGAUGGAAAAGGGCUGAAAUAUUAGGUGCCCUAAUCAAUUCUGUGUUUUUAGUGGCACUUUGUGUUUCCAUCUUGAUUGAGGCUAUCCAGAGAUUCUUCGAGCCUCAAGAGAUCACUAACCCAAAGCUUGUGUUGGUUGUUGGGUGUUUUGGUCUCUUGUCCAACUUUGUUGGUUUAGUUUUGUUCCACAGCGAUGGUGGUCAUGGGCAUGGCCACAGUCAUGGUGGGUUGGAUGAUGUGGAACAUGGACAUGGGGGGUCGGAUGACGAUUCCGAUGAACAUUCACACUCUCACGGUCAUGGGCACUCGCAUUUGCAUAUGAAUAACGGUUUUGACCAGGAAAGCAGCGAUUACGAACCGGAUAAUAUUGAAGAUAUGCUACCUCAUUCUGUGGUAGAAAGAACGCUAUCUCCAAAGACACACCACUUGGACUCAUCGUACGACGACGAUAAUGAGUCUACUGCAUUACUCAAUGAACAACACCUAAAUGCUAACCUCUCUAAGGGAGACAAUAAACGCAAGAAGUCCAAAAAACAAAGAUCCAUGAACAUGCACGGUGUUUUCUUACAUGUGCUUGGUGAUGCAUUGGGUAAUAUUGGUGUGAUUUCUACGGCUUUGUUUAUAUGGAAGACUAACUACUCUUGGAGAUUUUAUACUGAUCCAGCUGUCUCCUUGUUCAUUUCUAUCAUAAUCUUCUCUAGUGCUAUUCCACUAUCUAUGAAGGCGUCAAGGAUCUUGUUGCAGGCCACUCCAUCCAAUAUAUCAGCGGAUGAUGUUAAAAUGGAUAUAUUGGCCCUUCCGGGCGUUAUAUCAAUCCAUGAUUUCCACAUUUGGAAUCUUACGGAAUCAUUGUACAUCGCUUCCCUUCACGUUGAAGUAAAAUCGAAACCGGAAGAAUUUAUGCAUAUUGCUAAGGUUAUCCGUUCUAUAUUCCAUAAAUAUGGAAUUCAUUCGGCUACCGUGCAACCGGAAUUUGUUGGUCCAGAUGCUGUUACCGAUGAUAUUGCCCGCAGAUUCAGUAGAAUUGCUGGUGGCGGGGUAUAUGGCUCCACUACAAACCUAACAGGUUGUACUGUAGAUGAAACUGCACAGUGUAACACUGAAACUUGCCUUGAAUAG